AAUGCCAGCUUCAGAACCGGAGGGUCUGAAUCACAGCGCGUAGCAUGCUGGAAUCGCCCUAGCGGUAGCAUUUCUUGUAAGUUGAUAGGACAUUUCUUGCCAGUACAGAGCGCCGGUACAAAAUUGUUCAGAGACUAAGUCUUUUUUGACCCUUUGGCGCCCAAACUUGUAGUUUGUGAAAAAAGGGCUUAACUCGUUGAAGUUCUCAAAACUUGUGUUUUCAACAAGCUUUCCGGCAUUAUGUUAUUGGACAUCAGCAAAAAGUUCUUCGCGAACUCGGCGCGAGUUAAGUGCGUGGACAUUCACCCCACCGACCCGUGGAUUGUCUCGAGUCUGUACAAUGGCUCCAUCUUGAUCUACAACUAUCGCACCCAGACGUUGUUCAAGCAAAUCGACGCGACGGACUGUCCCAUUCGGUCUGUCAAGUUCGUGGCUAGAAAGCAGUGGGUCGUGUCCGCCUCCGAUGACAAGUUCAUACGGGUGCACAGCAUCGACACGUCGCAGUGCCUGGAAAAGUGGGAGGCGCACGCGCAGUACAUUCGCUGCGUCGUCAUUCACCCUACCCAGCCGCUCAUUCUGAGCGGGUCGGACGACAACACGAUCAAGCUUUGGAACUGGAAGCGCAAGUUCUCGCUCGUUCGGACCUUUGAAGCGCACAGCCACUACGUCAUGGGCUUGGCGAUCAACCCGCGAGAUCCGAACCUGUUUGCGUCGGUGUCUUUGGAUUGCACCGUCAAGAUAUGGAACGUGAACGCGAGCGCCCCAAACUUCUCGCUCGAGGGACACGAGGACGGCAUCAAUUGCGUGGACUACUACCUGGGCGGGGACAAGCCGUACCUGGUUACGGGGUCGGACGAUCGCACCGUCAAGGUGUGGGACUACCAAACAAAGACGUGCGUCCAGACGCUGGAGGGACAUACGGGCAACGUUACGUGCGUCGCUUUUCACCCGAAGCUUUUUCUCAUUUUUUCGGGAAGCGAGGACGGAACCGUAAAGUUUUGGAACAGCAACACGUUUCGUUUGGAGAAGACGAUUAACUACGGGUGGGAGCGCGCUUGGUCCGUUAGUUGCUCGAGGGACAGGAACAUGCUCGCGUUGGGGCUUGACAGAGGGGUUAUUUUGCUGAAGCUCGCGAAGGAGUUGCAGAACAUUUCUAUGGAUUCGACCGGCAAGGUUAUAUACACCGAGCAGAACGGUCUUUACGGGUGCAAUCUCCAGCAGGUCCUGACGGGCGAGGUGGAGGACGGGGCGUUGCUGGAGGUUGGCGCUAGGGAGCUGGGCACGUGUGAUUUCUAUCCUCAUUACGUGAGGCACAGUUUCAAUGGGCACUUGGUGGUGGUGGCCGACGACAAGGAAUACGUGAUCUACACUGCGCUGCAGAUGAGGUCCAAGUCCUUUGGCGCCGCCAACGAGUUUGCGUGGAACAGGGCGGGCGGUUUCGCUACGCGCCAGGGUUCUAUCGUGACCGUCCACGCCAAAAAUUUGGAGGUGUCCGGAACGCUCCAGCUGGACUACACGGGGGACUGCCUGUUCAGCGGCUCCCUCCUUGGCGUGAGAGGAAGCGCGUUCGUGUGCAUGUACGACUGGGCGACGCUUCGCUUGGUCAGCAAGGUCGACGUUGUGCCCAGAGACAUCGUGUGGAACGAGGUGGGGGACCACCUUGUCAUCACGACGGCCAGGAGCUUUUACGUGCUUCGAUACAGACCGGAGUGCGAGUCGGCGGGAGACGGCUCCGAAGAGGACGUGUUCGACGUCUUGGUCGAGAUUUCCGAGGUGGUUCGGUCAGCUUGUUGGGUCGGCGAUUGCUUGAUAUACAUUAACAGCCAGAACAUUUUGUGUCAUUGCGUUGGCAAGCAGACCGAUUCGAUCGCCUAUUUGGACGGCACCAUGUAUCUGCUGGGGUAUUUGUCCAGAUUCGGGAGAAUUGUGUUGGCCGACAAGAACUGGAACUUUAUUACAUACUCGCUGUCUCUGUCGGUAAUCAACUUUCAAACGGCUAUGCUGCGUAACGACGUCGAGGGCGCCAGAAGGUUGAUCCCGUCCGUUCCGGAGAACGAGCGCCACCGAGUCGCGCUGUUCCUGGAGAGCCGCGGACACCCCGAGUGGGCGAUGCAGCUAACCAGCGACGAGGACCACAAGUUCUGCCUCGCGCUGAAGCUGCAGGAGCUCGAUUUGGCGCGCGACAUCUGCCUGAAGUCCGACUCGAGGCAGAAAUGGCAGGAGCUGAGUCGCGCGGCACUCAAGGCCUUCAAGUUCGACCUGGCGGAGGAAUUCAUGUGGCGCAGCAAGGACUACUCGUUCUUGCUGACCCUGUUUUGCGCGUCCGGGGACGCCAAGAAGCUGGCGAGGCUCGCGGAGGAGGCCAGAGAGGAGGGACAGAUGAACGUCGCCUGCAUCUGCUACAUGUUGCUCGGCGAGGUAGGCGAAUGCAUUGACAUGCUAGCCAACUGCGGCAAGGCGGCCGAGGCCAUUCUCAUGGCUCGGUCGUACGUCCCGAGCAAGGUUCCUGAAUUGCUGUCAAGGUGGAAGGCCGAACUGAGCCAAGUGGACCCGAAGUGGGCGAACUGCUUGGCCAGUCCAGAACAAUACCCCAACUUGUUUCCCGGGUUCUCGGAGGACUUGGCGAGCGAGAAAGAGCGCCGCUCCGGUCUGAAGCACGUCGACCUGCCCGCUUCCGAGUUCGUCCGCCUAUCGAGCGGAAAGCCCCAGCCGACGGAACCAAACGCGGACGAGUCCACUCACGACUGCUCUGUUCAGCCAGAACCCGCGGCGGGACCCCACAAGGAAGGGGGCGACGCACUCGCAGGGCCCACCAACAAGAACCAACUCACCUCCUCCAACGCGGCCGAAAGCGGUGGCGACUCGUUCGAGCCCCGACCCCUCGACGCCAGCUCUAACGUGAGUCCAUCGCACCUCGCGCGGAGUGCACCCCCCCUCGCUGACACCCCCCCCCCCAGCGCCGCCCAAACCGCUCCAAGACCUCCUCGAGUCUCGCGCGAGCUCCUCAGACACACUCGGGUCGAGCGGCCCUAGCGCACGCCUCCUCGACGCGGCCAGCGACGGCGACGUCACUGCCGUCUGCUCAGACGACGGAGAGCGCGGGCCACACGACGGCGAUAGCGCGGACCUGUUCGACUUUUAAGUCCUGUCAUCUUCUUGGUACAAAAAAUUUGCACAUUUUGAUCCAGCCGUUAAAGAACAAGUUUGCUGUAAAUUCAAGAAAACCGCACUUUUUUGUCACAUUGUGUUUCAC